AUGGGUUGGAAAGAUCACCUGAAACGUCUCAAGAAUGAGGUUGAGCAGCUGAUUGCGGAGCCAGGGUCUCAAUCCUCGCAGCAGUCUCAAGCCCCGCCCUCUCAGCAGCAGCAGCAGCAGUAUCAACAGUAUGCGCAGCCGCCCCCUCCCCCGCAGCUGCAGCAGCCGAUGGGUGGACAGCCUGGUCAUGUUUACUGGCAACCCCAGUUCCGACCCGAUGUGCCCGUUACCCAGGACUGGGACGGGAAGGUUGGCAAUGGGACGGAUGGUUGGGGCAAUCAGGAGCUGCAGCAUUACACUGCCGAGCAGCAGAAUGUCUUCUACACCCCGGAUGGGAAGCUCGUGCUCCGGGCCCUCGCCAACAGCAGCUGUCCCAACCACGAGCAGAAGUACACGUCUGCUCGGUUGGUGAGCAGACAGACGCUGGCACGCGACCAGGGAGUGUUGACCGCUGUCAUCCUGUCUCCCUGUGCUGAGGGUAUCUGGCCGGCUUUCUGGCUCCUUCCGCAGGAGCCGUUUGCAUGGCCUACCGAUGGUGAAGUUGACAUUGCUGAAACCUGGAACGGAGACUGCGAGAACCACUCGUGCCUUCACUGGGGCCAGCAUCACGAGCCGGACAAACAUCGCGUACUUGGGACCAAGAUUCCCGAUAUGCAGUACCGGCCUGUGAGGUACGACCUGGCGUGGGUGCAGCCAGGUGGGCAACCCGGGCAGGGUAGGAUGAUUUGGUACAUCGACGGAAGACCGGUGAUGAAGGGGGAUAUUCCGCCUGGAACCCGGCCUAUGAGAGACAUGACCAUUUUGCUGAACGUGGCGAUGGGAGGCAAUGUUUGCGGUGGAAAGACUCCGAGGGAUGGAUAUUACGACAUGGUCGUGCACCAGCUAUUCAUGGCGAGUGAGCCCGAGUACGGGGGUUGGCAGAGGUUUGAGAACGACUGGGCUCACACGCAACUGGGCAACACAUACUAG